AUGUCGGCCAACGACAUUCUCGACGUGCUCAACAUCCAGCGUGAUGAUGCGCAGCAGCCUGCGAAAAAGCGGCUGAAGACCGAGCAGCCGUCGCUCCAGAAAAGCGGCAUGGCCCGUGAACUAUACAAUCUUUUGGGUCCCAACACGCCCCCCGUCAACAUCAAUUUGGGAGCCAAGGCCGGCGGCAGGAAGCAGCGGGUGUCGCCCUGGACUCGCAUGCCGUUUGUGCCGAACAAAAAGCGCCCGUGGGCGCCCACAUUCAACCACUGGGAGAAAGGCUCAAGGGAGCUCCUACAGGCCGAGGGAAACGACCGGGAGUACUUCUUUGACAAGUUCUUGGUGGCCGUCGACAUUCCCGAAAUGGUGGACGAGCCGACGUUCGACAAUAUCAUGGCGGAGAUCAUGGAACAGGAGCAAGAGCGCAGGAAACAGCGAGCCAACAGGGCCAGUGAGAAGACCAGGGAGCUGGCCGCCAAGGCAGACAAAGACGGCGGCAGGAAACAUACUGCGGUCCUGAAGCCGGAACACCCGCUGGCUGCCAAUUCCCGCCAAACGCGAGAAAGCCAGCAGCCAGGACCAGACGGCCCUAAGGCCUCUUCGGACUCUAUCCGACAAGCCUCUUCUGGCUCCACCAAGGCCUCUUCUGGCUGCACCAAGGCCUCUUCUGGCUCUGCUGAAAAGGCCUCUACAGACUCUCCCCAAAAGGCCUCUUCGGACUCCACGCAAAAGAGCGGACUGCCAAACGACCCGCCAAAAGAGGCAGUUGUGGAAAGCCCCCAAAAAGCUGGCGCUGGAUCCCAUCCGGCCACCCUGGAACAUGGGGCCGCAGAAGAUGCGCUCGACGAGUGGACCUACAACGAGACAAAAAUGUUGUUCGAGUUCUGCAAGGAUUUCGAGCUCAAGUGGCACGUCAUCAACGACCGGUUCCCCGCGUGCUUCGGCCGCACCAUGGAGGAUCUCAAGGAGCAGUUCUACCGCGUGUGCGCCAAGAUCUUGAAGUACAAAGGCACCGGCAACCCGAGCCUUCUCGAAUCGCUCGAUGCGUUUUCGAAGUCCGCGGAGAUCGACCGCAAACAGUACCUCGAGAGCCUUUUGAAAAGGACUCCCGCGGAGAUUGCCGAGGAAGAGUCGUUGGUCAUCGAGGCGCGCCGCUUCGAGCUUGCGGCGAAGAAAAUGCUCAUGGAACGAACCAAUCUUCUCGCCCUCAUGGACUCGCCCCAGUCGUCCCAGUCCGUGCAGCAGUACCAGUCGUCCCAGGGCCUCACCAAUCUCUACAACAACUUGAUGAUCUUGGAUAAGCAUCAAAAGAAGAAGAUGCAGCAGAAAUCCAUCAACGUGCCGGCAGACCCAGUGCCGCCGCCAAUUCCUCUGGCAGCGUCCUCCUCGCACAAGCGCGACCGCAGUUUCCAGACCCACUUGCAGCAGUACUUAGCAGGUGUCUUGAAGCUGCAGCCACAACAGCCGAAGGGAGAGCCCAACCCAAUCCAGCAGCUUCUAGCCAAGCGGCUCACCACUAAAGAGGAAGAGGCUUACGGAUUGAUGUACCAUGCAAACGAGCGCUUGACCCCCAAUGUGAUUCUUCGGUCCACGCAAAAACUCUCGGGCUUGCAGCAGCGGCAGUCUGUUUUCAAAGCUGUGAACAACAUGUUUCAAGAGCUUGACAUACCUACUGCAGGCGGCACGAGCUGGAAACCAAACAUGCCCACGCGGAAGACAAUGGCCAAAUACGACGAGUUGGUGAAAUCCGUGGUGGCGCUUCUUGAAGUUAAGAAGGGUAAGGAUAAACUCGAGGCUGAGAUUGAACUCAUUAAAAGCCAGCGCGGCCUACAGUGA